AUGGUCGGCUAUGACCCUGAGGCCAAGUGCGUCUCCGCAGUGGAAGCGGCUGCAGCAGGAUCAGCAUCUGGCUUGGUCACUCGGGUCCUUGUCAGCCCCUUGGAUGUCAUUAAGAUCCGCUUUCAGCUUCAGAUCGAGCAGCUCUCCUCAAGAAACCCAGGGGCUAAGUAUCAUGGCAUCUUGCAAGCUGUACAGCGCAUCUUCCAGGAAGAGGGGUUGGUAGCCUUCUGGAAGGGCCAUGUUCCUGCUCAGUUCCUUUCAGUUGGCUACGGAGCUGUUCAGUUCAUGGCGUUUGAAAGCUUGACAAAACUGGUGCACAACGUCACCUCAUACAAUGCCCGCGAUUCCUUUGUGCACUUCGUCUGCGGUGGACUGGGGCAACCUGUUGACACACUACGCACCCGCUUUGCUGCUCAGGGUGAGCCUAAGCUCUAUCGCAGCCUUCGCCAUGCAGUGGUGACCAUAUACCAGACAGAAGGGCCUCGGACUUUCUAUAGAGGUUUGACCCCCACAAUCAUUGCUAUCUUUCCGUAUGCUGGUCUCCAGUUCUCCUUCUACAACAUCCUGCAACAGUUUUCUGAAUGGGUGAUUCCAGCUGAAGGAAAGAAAGGAGGCAAUGUUAAAAACCUUGUUUGUGGCAGCUGUGCCGGAAUCAUCAGCAAAACCCUCACUUACCCUUUUGACCUGUUCAAAAAAAGACUGCAAGUGGGUGGCUUUGAGCAUGCCCGGGCAGCGUUUGGGCAGGUACGGAUGUAUAGGGGUCUCCUGGACUGCAUAAGGCAGAUUAUGCGAGAGGAGGGCCCGGGUGGAUUCUUUAAGGGCCUUUCGCCCAGCUUGCUGAAGGCUGCUGUCUCUACUGGCCUUGUCUUCUUUUGGUAUGAGCUGUUCUGCAGCCUCCUGUGUGCCCUGAAGAACACCGACAGCACUGCAAGGAAGGCAGGCUGA